UGCUCAUAAGGACUAAUGGAUCCGUGUCCUUUCGUUCAAAUAGUUAUCGGGAACUUAUCGGUGAAGUUCCCUGCUGAGCAUAAACUGCAGUCAAGUUCGGCUCUUGAUUUUAAGUUUAACCUUAAAGGUUUCUCCACGCAAGUGUCAACCAUCCCAGCUUUUCUUCAACAAAAACAACAAGAACCAAUCUUGGAUAACAAAGUCCACGCUUGUUUCAGUUUGAACAAAACACAACUCGACAAACUUGUCGAAAAGUCAAGAAGUUUAAAGAUUGAAAUUCGGGCACGUAAGAAGUUGUUAGGGAGUGUAUUGGUGCCAUUGGAAUUAAAGGGGCUGGAGAGUAAUGGUAAUAAAGGAGUUGUGAUUACAAAUGGAUGGGUUUUGGUUGGUGGUUCUAGUUCAGCACAGUUGCAUAUGAAUGUGAAAGUUGAGCAUGACCCAAGAUUUGUUUUCCAGUUUGAUGGUGAACCUGAGUGUAGUCCCCAAGUUUUUCAAGUCAAUGGCAAUGUUAAACAACCUGUUUUUACUUGCAAGUUCAGUUUCAGGAACUCUAGUGACAGGAAUUCGAGAUCCAGGUUAGUUUAUCUUCUCUUAAUUGAAGUUGAUUUUGUUAGAAUUAGUAUAAGCUUUUUGCUAACUGUAUAUCUAUAUACACGAAUCAAUGUCAAUGUCCCAUCACAAGGUUCAAAUCGGGUCAGCAGAUCGAACCCCGGAGCCUGGCUCAUCCUCCGUCCAGGCCACGGUACAUGGAAGCCGUGGGGACGCUUAGAAGCAUGGCUAGAGAGCGGUGGUGAACUCGGUUAUCGCUUUGAAAUAAUCCCUGAUGGUGCCAAUGAUGCUAUCACAUUGGCUAGCUCAACUAUCAAUGCCAAGAAUGGUGGGAAGUUCAGCAUAGAUAUAAGCAAUGGUGCUGCUACCCCAAUGACUAGUCCAAACAGCAGCUUUGAUUUAUGCUCGGGUUCCGGGUCCGGGUCGGAUUUCGGGUCAGCACCCGGAUCAGGAUCUUGGGGACAGCUAUUGUACCGUGGAUUUGUGAUGUCGUCCACAGUGGAGGGUUACGGAAAAUGUAGCAAACCGGAGGUGGUUGUCGGGGUGCAGCACGUGAACUGCUCCGAGGAUGCUGCAGCUUUCGUGGCAUUGGCAGCUGCAAUGGAUCUUAGUAUCGAUGCUUGUCGGUCUUUUUCUCAAAAGCUCCGAAAAGAGUUGAGGCAGUCGGAUCAAGAAUGAACGAUAACCGGGUCGGGCUACCCUUUUUUCGGGGAUGUGGAUAUGGACUUGCAUUGAAAUUUUGCUAACUGACAGCAGUUUUUAGCUGUUUAUUUUGUUUCUAUGUUUUCCCUUCUAGAUAGAGUGUACAGUGAUUAGCAAUCUGUCCUGUUUUUUGCUUUUAUUUUUUGUUUGCCUCGAUUGGAGGUAUUAUUUAUUACUGUAGGUGAUUUUGUAAAGUAAUGCAUUUUUGACAUAGCGAUGGAGUUUUUAUUAAGGAAUGAAAUUUGGGAUUGGGAGUCCAAUGUUAGUUGAUUUUUUGUCAGUUUUUGGUAAGAAUGCAAAGUUAAUUUGUCUCUGAGUUGGCA